UAGUUUCAGCACAUCAGGUGACAGUCCCAAGGGGUUCUCUGUGAUUGAACCCGUCACAGUGAGUGUUCCAUCAAACCCGACACUGUUUCACAAACAGUUUCUGUUUUGAUCAAUUGGCAUUUUCCAACAACAACAAAAGUUGAAUUGGAAAAUUCCUGACCAGCUCUAUCAAGGAGCACUGAGUCCCAGUCCAGCACAUUAAUAAAAAAGCCCUGCAUUUCCUCACCAUUCAUUCCCAUGGAAGCCCCCUAUUCGGAGGCCUUACGUGGGCUGCCAAGCCUUGGGCUGUGGAUUUGACAUGCCCAAUGCCUAUUUAUCACUUCCAGCCCAUGUUAAAGGUUGAGUUGCACUGGGCGAAUUUCACCCAAAUGGCAUAGGAAGCAGGUCGUGCCCUGAACUAUUUUUAGCCCCAGUUCCCUCCUCUGCAGCAAACCCCUCCCCAAGGGAACGCAGCAGGUGGAGCAGACAGUUAUUUACCUGGAGAGACAGAUGUGGUUUUGUUUCUAAAUUCAGUCCCUAAUCACUGACAGCUGUUGGAUCAUGUGGACAGUUCAUCUUGUAUAAACCCACCCCAUUCUUGUGCCCAGCUCAGCCUGGCACCAUGGAGAUCGUCUUGUUCGCUCUUCUGCUGAGCGCCACAGCGGCCUCACAGCUGGAGGAUGAUGAUAAGAUAAUAGGUGGAUACGAGUGCUCGCCCCACUCCCAGCCCUGGCAGGUCUAUUUCACGUACGGCUCAGGCUACCGCUGGUGCGGGGGGUCACUCAUCAAUGAGUGGUGGAUCGUCUCAGCAGCUCAUUGCUACAAAACGCCCAGUACCCUGGUGGCUCAUCUCGGGGAGCAUGACACCAGUGCAGACGAGGGCACUGAGCAGCAUAUCCAAGUGGCCAAAGCCAUCCAGUUCCCCCAGUACAGCCAACGCACCAUGAAUAAUGACAUCAUGCUGGUGAAGCUAGCCCAGCCGGCCCGGUUCGGUGCCUACGUGCAGCCAAUCCCCAUCUCCAGCAGCUGCCCUGUGCCAGGGACAGAGUGCCUGGUCUCUGGCUGGGGGAACCUCCUCACAUCUGGGGUUCAGUACCCGGAUGCCCUACAGUGUCUGAAUGUGCCCAUCCUCUCUGACUCUGCCUGCCGUGCCGCCUACCCUGGUCGCAUCACCACGAACAUGUUCUGUGCUGGCUACAUAGAAGGGGGCAAGGACUCUUGUCAGGGAGACUCCGGUGGGCCAGUGGUCUAUAAUGGAGAGUUGACGGGAGUGGUGUCCUGGGGCAUCGGGUGUGCCCAGAAGAAUUACCCUGGCGUCUAUACCACAGUGUGUAACUACGUGUCCUGGAUUGCGGAGGUCAUUGCCAACAAUUGACAUGCGCAACCGCAGAGUAUUUCUCCUGGCAGAGAGGCUGCGUUCAGACCUCCCCGUCCCGCUUUGCCUGCUGUCUGGAUAAAAGUGAUUGAAACCUUCUCAGUAAAACCGGGAGGCUGCCGUGACGCCAAGAAACCCAGUAGGGAAGACACAAGAUGCUUAUGAGAGACGCAUCAAAUGAGGCUAUGAAAUCCCAACUCAUCAAUAAAACUCAGUUCCUA